UUUACUUGGUAGCAUUGAUUAAGACAGGACAGAUAAAUCUAAAGCAGACAGUAAUCUUACAACUCGGGCAUGAAUUCCAUUUGACUAAACACAUGGAGGUGAGCCUCACAGCAUCAACGUUUCAACUCUGCUCGGUUCUUUCUGCGCAACUCUGCGAAAAAUUCCACCUUUUCCCCUCCUGCCUCCCUCUCAUGGAGCCCAAGAGUUCUGCCAAGUUGCUCCAAGAGGUGCCCAAGUUCCACCAGGCUAUGGGCCUCCUACGGUCAGACAAGAGAGAACCCGCCGCAGCUUCCUCAGUAGCAGAAAAUAUCGACCUUUUUCCUUCCAUAGCCUCAGGCGGGAGGGAGUUGCAAGUGGUGCCGGCAGCGGCGGAGAAGGACGAGCAAAGGCGGCAGCUUGCGCCCAAGAGAAGUUCUUACAAGGACCGGCACACAAAAGUUGACGGCAGAGGGAGACGGAUCAGGAUGCCCGUCCUCUGCGCUGCCAGGGUCUUUCAGCUCACCCGAGAACUGGGUCACAAGUCUGAUGGGGAGACAAUCCAGUGGCUCCUCCAGCAAGCGGAGCCCGCCAUCAUAGCCGCCACAGGCUCGGGCACCGUCCCGGCAUCGGCCCUCGCCGCCGCCGCCGCCGCCGGUGGCCCCAUGUCCCAUUCGAGCGCCACUGUCCUUGCCGGGCUCCAUCGGAAGCUUGAUGAAGUGGAUCAGGGAGCCGCCACAGCCGUGCGGCCUAUCUGGGCCAUGGUUGGGGGUUCUGGCGUCCCUCGGUUGCACCCUGGGUUAUGGCCGCCGCCGCAAAUGGGUGGGUUUAACUCCGGAUUACUGCAUUCAACAGCGGCCGCCUCAUCCAACUCGAACCUUGGGGCCGGAGGCAGCGGCGACGGAUCGGUAGGCAGCUUCAUGCAGAAGAUGGGAUUAUUGCAUGGAAUGGAAUUGCCCAGCCCCAACAUCGGCACGAUGAGUUUUGCAUCAAAGUUCGGUGGGUAUGGGCAACAGCUGCCCGGACUGGAGCUCGGUCUCUCGCAAGAUGGGCAUAUGGGAGUGUUGGAUCCGCAGGCCUUGGGUCAGUUCUAUCAGCAGAUGGCAACGGAGAGGGUGGGAGCCGGCGCUGAUGGCAGUGGGCAAUUGCAACAGCCGCAGCAGCGACCGGCUCGUCAGGCAGAGGAUGAUUCACAGGGGUCAGAAGACUAGAAGGUUGGUUGGUUGGUUGGUUGGUCGGAUGUCUUUGUGUGUGUGUGACUUCCACAAAAACAAGGCAGAGAAAGAGACAGAAAUUUCAUUCUUUGAUGUCGUCGAGUGAUGAGUAAUUCGAUCCAUCUGCCCUUCCUUUCUCUGCAAACCUCACCGAGCUCAGGUGUAUCAUUACAGAGCAGUGUGUCGGUAAAAGAGUUUUAGGCCUUAUAUAGUAGAGGUACCGAUGUAGUUGUGAUUGGCUUGUUGGUGCAAAUAAAAAAUUGGCAUUCUUAUAUC